AUGAAACAGAUUUAUGCCUUCGAAAAGAUAUCAACCCCAGCCCGACAGCUGCGCUCUAGCAACUCAAUGACUAAAAACCGCAAACGGAAAAGACUUCAAGAACUGGUUGCAGAGACGGAAGGAUCACCAUAUAUGGUAUUUAAGCGUCGGUCGUCAUCUGCUGAGAUCAGCACCAACUCCAUGAGCCCAGAUUCAUAUUUGGAUGUUACAUACACGCCAGACAAGUCGGACACACAUUUAGGAGAGUUGAAGUUGGAAGGCAGGGAUGAGAACACACAGACCAAUGUAGGAAAACUUAGCAAACGGCAGAUGGUGGUGAUGGAACUGUUGCAAACUGAGCAGAAUUAUGUGGGCAUUUUGCACACUAUUUUAAAUACAUUUAAAGCACAGAUAGAAAAACCUGACCAAUAUAACGGACCAAUUUUAGCCCCUCAAGACACAAAAAUUAUCUUCGGUAAUAUUCCACCCAUAUACGAGGUUCACUGCAAGUUGAAGGACUCGUUGUCCUUUCUCAUGGAACACUGGUCGGAAAACAAUAGUAUUGGAGAAUGCCUUUUGAACAGGGCUGAAGAAAUGAUGAAGGCGUAUCCCCCAUUUGUAAAUUUCUUUGAAAAAACAAAGGAAACAAUUCAGAGAUGUGAUAAUUCAAACCCACGGUUCCAUGCAUUUUUAAAGUUGUGCCUUAGUAAACCAGAGUGUGGCAGACAGUCCUUGCAGGAGCUUCUUAUCCGUCCAGUACAGAGGUUGCCUAGUGUUAUUUUAUUGUUGCAGGAUAUACACAAACGAACAGAAUCAAACAACCCAGACAAAGUGAAGUUGGAGCAAGCAAUUGACAAGGUUAAAACUAUCAUGACGCACAUCAAUGAAGACAAAAGAAAGACAGAAAGCCGUGUGGUCAUGUUUGAUAUCAUCAAUGACAUUGACAGUUGUCCGGCCACUUUGUUGUCAUCCAAUCGCCAUUUUGUUAUAAAAGUGGACGUGAUGGAAUUAUCGGGUAACUUGUCCUCUCGGGGUGAUCCUCUGACGUUGUUUAUAUUCUCUGACAGUGUAGAGAUUUGCAAGAGAAGGUUAAAAGUAUUGACCUCCCAUUCAAAAAGUCCUGCUGUGAACUCAAAUAAAAAAUCCUACAAGCAUGUGGAGAUGAUCUCCAUGUCCUGCAUCAAAAGAGUAGUUGAUGUUGAAGAGGCAGAAGACUGCUGCCUUGCAUUUGGACUAAUUUGCCGAGACAGUGUCCAGGCCAAGGAGAAGCUGUACAGCUUCACACUAGACACAGAUGAUGUCUCCAAAGAGGAGAUUCUGACAACUAUCUGCAAGAAUCUUGCCAUCGUGAUUUGCCGACCAGAUAUAGAAACAUUUUUAGCCAGAGUCAAUGGAGAAGAUUUGAACAUAACUACAAAAGACCUUCACAAAGGGAGCAAAGCUUCAAAAUUUGGCAGACGUGUAAGCAGAGCCUUCUCCUUCAACAAAACACCUAACACACUCAAGCGAGCAGUUUCUGGCAUGGUCCACGGCCUAAGUCCAUUUGUUAAGGACCACAAACAGUUUGCUAGGAUGGGAGCAGUUCGCAGGCUGGCCAGUACUAUUGAUUUGACGGAAGCGAAUGAUGAUGAUAGUGACACAGUGAGUUUAGGGGCAUUUUCACUGCAGGAUGGAGGUUCACCAGGCAGUACAAAACAUGGCUCCCCACAUCGGUUAGCUGCACCAAGUCACAUAUUUCUAACACCAAAGUCGGCCAUCAAGUCCAGCAAAACACCACUCAAGUGGGCUACCAUUGGGCCUAGCUCUGCCAGUAAAUCCAAGUACUUGUGA